ACAUGUGAGAAAAGGGCAAAACCCCAAUUAAAGUUGUUCAAUUUCUAAGUACGCAAAAUUGCAGUGACCUUAAAAUUCUGGGCUUCAGCUUUAGUUGCGAAGAAGAAGAAGCGAAAUGAUUUCAAUAUGGCGGCAAAUCUCUAGAACUUUCACUUCUCCAUCACCCGCAUCAAUUCCAGCUUUCGUUCCUCCAUCUUUAAGAUUCUUCUCCACUUCGUCUCCAUAUAUAGUGAAGGUCGGAAUACCGGAGUUUUUGAAUGGGAUAGGGAAAGGAGUAGAGGCUCAUGUGGGGAAGCUUGAGUCUGAGUUUGGGGACCUUCAGAAGUUGCUUGUGGUUCGCACUCUUAAGCUCAAGAAGCUCGAAAUUCCAUGUAAACAUAGGAAGCUGAUACUGAAGUAUGCCCACAAAUACAGAGUAGGACUUUGGAGGCCACGAUCUGACAUGGUGAAAGUUUAGGUCCUCUCUAAUUAGCAGUGUUCCUAAUUGAUGCUGAAAGAUUCAAGGUUGCUUUUCACCUGUCUGAAUCAAAAUUGUACCUUGUUGUCGACGAGAAUUGGCACUUGGGAUGAUUGACAUUAAUCUCGACCUUGUUCCGAAUUAUUUGGAUUGGGUUUAUUGCUUUCAAUAGGAAAUUUUGAUGAUUGAUGGUUAUCCGUGUUUGUGAAAUAACGUUUUUGCUGAUCUUAUUUUGUUUUUCCUUUGUUUUUUUAAACAUUCCCUACCAUUGUGGUGAAUUAUAUUCCGUACUAUGUUUAUCGGAAUAAGUAUUACCAAAAUAUUAGUUCUAGCUGUUUUUCUUCUUCUUCUGCAGUUUAGGUGAACUUCUGCUUCUUUUUGUUUUUUUCCUUUUACUUGAAAAGGAAAAUCAUUAAUAAUAAGUCAUACAACAUUCACAAUGA